CUCUGACAGCCAAUCCUCUACAUUUCCAUUUCACAAACUUCACCAUACAUCCAUAUAUCGCAAAGCGCAUCCAGUAUAGUGCUGCAGUAUAGCACUGUAUUAAAUUGCGUCCCAAACGCAACCCAAUCGAACGAGUAGCCACACACAUCCAACUUGACAUCCAAGCACGAUGCCGUCCACACACAAGAAAGAAAAGCCCUGGGAUACCGACGAUAUCGACAAGUGGAAGAUUGAUACCUUCACUGCAAAGGACAAUGCAGGCGGCACAUUCACCGAGGAGUCAUCAUUCGUCACGCUGUUCCCCAAGUACCGCGAAGUCUAUCUGAAAGAAGCAUGGCCGUUAAUUACCAAGGCGCUGGAGAAGCACGGCAUUGCCUGCACAUUGGAUCUCGUAGAGGGUUCAAUGACAGUCAAAACAACGAGAAAAACAUUUGAUCCUGCAGCAAUCUUGAACGCGCGUGACCUCAUCAAGCUGUUGGCACGAAGCGUCCCCGCUCCCCAGGCCGUCAAGAUCCUAGACGACGGCGUCGCGUGCGACAUCAUCAAGAUCCGAAACCUGGUGCGAAACAAGGAGCGAUUCGUUAAGCGCCGUCAGCGAAUAUUGGGACCCAAUGGCUCUACGCUCAAGGCACUUGAGCUUCUGACGGAGACCUAUAUCCUCGUCCACGGCAACACAGUGUCGGCCAUGGGGCCUUACAAGGGCCUAAAAGAGCUGCGGAGAGUGAUUGAGGACUGCAUGAACAACAUCCAUCCUAUCUACCACAUCAAGGAGCUCAUGAUCAAGCGUGAGCUUGCCAAGGAUCCUGAGCUGGCCAACGAAAGCUGGGACCGCUUCCUGCCAAACUUCAAGAAGAAGACAUUGAGCAAGAGACGGGUGCCUCUCAAGGUUACAGACAAGACCAAGAAGGUCUACACGCCAUUCCCGCCAGCGCCUGAGAAGAGCAAGGUCGAUAAGCAGAUUGAGAGUGGCGAGUACUUCCUCAGUAAGGAGGCCAAGGACAGGGCGGCGCUCAGCGACCGCAAGGAGAAGCAGAAGCAGGCAAAGGACGAUAGGGCAAAGGAGCGAGCAGCAGAAUUCGUGCCGCCAGAAGAGGACAGACCCAAAAAGAAGCGGAAGAAGAGCUCUGAGUAAGGUGGCUAGCCUAGCUUUGAUACACCAGGUGUUGGGACGGUUAGGAGCGUUUGUUUAUUUGUUUAGGGAGAAAGAAAAAGAACCUGCAAUAAUAUCCAUGGGACAUUUAACAAGGACCAUUACAACAGGAGCGCCUCGUUCUUCUAAGCUUGUAGACACUGAUAAGGCAGUGUGAAUAUGGCCUCUGUAUAGUGCGUCAUACUACAGAUUUGAGUGUAUAAUACAAAGAUAUUUGUUCAAGAUGUACCUAGGUUUCAUCAUAUGGUUUAUUAUAAUGGUCG